AUGGGAGCGUUUGUUGAGAAUCUUGGAGUGUGCACGAUUACUCGAGCUGAAAUUAUUGCGGCCAUCCGAGGUCUCCAGCUUGUGUGGAGGAAUGGGUAUAGGAAGGUCCUCCUCCAAAUGGAUUCCACUACAGCUAUUAAUAUCCUCACCUCCAGUGAACAUAUGGAGCAAAGGUACUUUAUCCUGGUUCAGCAAUUCCAGGAGCUACUCAAUAAGAGCUGGGAAGUGAAGAUUUCUCACAUCUAUAGAGAAGGGAACAAAGUAACGGAUUUUCUGGCCAACAAGGUCCAUUCUAGUAGCAUUGGUUAUCAUGAUUUUGAGGUCUCUGACUCUGGUUUAUCCUUUUGGAUCUUGUAUGACAUUCUGGGUAUUUCCCAAACCCGCUUAAUCUAA